AUGGCUUAUACUCUUGCGCAAGCAAUGAUACUUCUGACUGUCUCCGAGAGCUGUUUGGCCACAGAUUACAUCCCGCCCAAAAUUACCUUUCCUAACAGUAGUUUUUCUGACUUUUACUUCCAAAACGGCGCUCCUGCUCGUGUAACCUGCAUGGGUGACGGCAGACCUCUCCCGACUUUUCAGUGGCUUGAAAAUGACUUAGAAAUGCAGCCAUCUUUGAACAUCAAUUAUAACCCAAUCACGGGAGAUUUAAACAUUGUCAGAUUCUCGAUUAGGUAUCAGACCUCAUACAGAUGUGUUGCCUCCAAUCAGUACCAGCAGGUCAAUGUUUCCACUAUGUCUAUAAAGAUUCAUCUGUGGCAGCUGCGACUUGAGAACUUCGCUUCCACUACUGACGAAAUCAAGCAUGUGAUGGAGUAUCGGUAUCUGCAGCUGAUGUGUAGAGAUAAGAAAUCUUCGAUAGCGCCCAAACUAACUUACAACUGGUACAAUACUGACACAAUCGGCACACUGAAUCUAGGUGCAGGUCGACUCUACAUAGACCAGGAUGGCACCCUUCAUUUUACCUAUGCGCUGCUUGGGGACCGUAAUAUUCCCGGCUACUCCUGUGGUAUUUCAGGGAGCCGUUCUGUUGACUUUCCUAAUAUUCAGCUCGGCAAAAAGUACAUUAUUAACGUCACGGAAGUAGCGACCAGUGAAAAUAUUAAGCCGAAGUUAGAGUACAGCAACACAGUUCAUCUUGCUUUCAAAAAUUCUACUGGCAUACUAGAGUGCAUGUACUCCGGGUA